CCACAUUUUAUCUUGUUCAACAUGAAGAGUCUCCUCGUCUUCACCUUCUGUCUGAUCUCAGCUGGAACUGCUGCUGAUAUAAUCACAGUGAAUGGAUCCACCGGCGGCUCAGUCCGGAUCAGAUGCCCCUACGAAGCUGGAUAUGAAUAUUCCACAAAGUAUCUGUGCAGAGGGAAAUGUUCUGUGAUUAAAGACAUUCCUGUUGAUUCUGUAUUUGCUAAAGAUAGGAGAUUCUCUCUGAAAGACAACACAACAGCCAGAGUCUUCACCGUCACCAUCACUGAUCUGAGACCAGGCGAUAAAGGAAUGUACUGGUGUGCAGUACAGAGAACAAUCAGUGAUGCGUACACAGAGGUUCAGCUACAGGUUAGAACAGUUCACCGAGGAAUCACGUCACCUCCUCGUACACCCUUCACCACGAGUCCUUCUGUCAGUACAUCAGCACCUGCUGAAUCCUCUCCAGGAACCCCAGCUCACACAGGAAACAAAACUAACCAGACCAGCGCUGCUUCAUCCACGGGAGGGAAGACGACGCUAACGGACCUCAAGGCUGGAUCUGAAGGUUCCACUGUGAUCAUCACGGCUGUGGGUGUGAUCCUGGUGCUGCUUCUGAUUGGUCUCCUCAUAUUUAUAGUGAUACUUCAAAGGAAGAGGAAACAAGGCAUGUCACAGAACCCAAAACCCAAACCAUCCCUCCCGGGCUCCUCCAACAACAACCCGGGUGCACCAGACGUCGUGGACUACGAGGAGGUCAACAACGCCUUCUACUCCAGCGUCAAUCCCCCCGCGAGCACCUCGGAUUCCACCAUGUGUCUAUACGACAACGUCGGGUUACCCACGAGCCCCACUUUGAACGGUCUGUACACCGUCGCCCAAAAGCCAUCAGACGACCCCGGUCAGGACUUUUACUCGACGGCCCAAUUACCCACAGGUCCCACCGAGUCUCCCGAGUCUAGUAGCCUAACCUACACGCAGAUAAGCUUCCCCGACGCUGACGCCGCCGCCCCGAGGGUCAUCUUCAAGAAGGAGGACGCGUGUGUCUACGAUAACGUCAAUAUCGCCACCGGGUGAGGAGGAGGGGUGUUCCUCACAACUGCAGCAGUCACGACCCCCGCUGGCUGAGACGGUCAGGGGUGAAGGUCUGCAGCAGUUGAGCCGAAAUACAAACUGGAUAAUUGGAUAUGACUAAAUUGGGCACGCGUCAAUCCCGUACCUUGUAGCUAACGACUAGAUGCUAAGCCGCUAUAUCUGGUCUAUAAAUCACUGAACUGAUACUGUUAAAGAUUAUAAAGCCAACAUGUCUCUGGGUCCACUGUCAUGAGACGCUGCUCCCACCUAGUGGUGAUAGGAGACAAUAGCACCCGAAAUGGCCCAGAUUGCCCCUUAUUGCGUUCCACUUCCUCUCUACUGAUGCCAAUCCCCGGCCCGAUUGAGGAGAGCGAGACUGACACACGCCCCCUCGACAUGUGUGCAGUACCGACAUCCCUUGACCCUGCGCAGACGCCAUCAAUCGGCCAGCGGAGGUCCUGGUUGGGUCAGUUAUGAGAGAGUCCCUCGUCCGGCUCCCACCCUGUUGUCCGUGUAGGCGCCCAGCCCAGCCGACAGCUUUGCUUAGCAUUACGUUUUAAAUCUGUUUUAUUUAACUGCACGAUGUUUAGCAUUGCACUUGUCCCAUUUUGCUAUAUUUAUUCUAUGAUUGUUUUUAUUUUCUUGUAUAUUUAUAUUAUUGCUUUAUAUUAUAUAAAUUAACCUGUAUUUAAACUCAAGCUGCAAUAACGAUAAUAAAAAAUGGAAAGUUUACGUCAA